CUCUUGUUCCCGGCUCAUUUUUUGGGCAGAAUGAAUCUGGAGCUCUUCUCAAAUAAUCUACAGAAUAUUGGAAAGUUGAGAAGCGGCAUUGAUGAAUUUCACAAAUUGGCAAACGAAAUUCGGAAGGACGAAGAUUGUGUGAAAGCAUUGGAACAGCAUAUCACAAGUUGUAAUGGAAUAAAAGGGGAACUUGAUAUGGAGAGAAGGAGCCACGCGGAAGAGCUACGGCAGAUUAAUCAGGACAUUAAUACGUUGGAGGAUAUCACGAAAAGUUCGAAAACCGAGUUGGAAAAAAGGAAAAUGAAGAUUUCGGUGGCAAUGGGAGAAGUCGCCAGAAUGAGAGGAUUUAUAAAUGAGAAUCUCGAGUCGAUGAAUAUUAUUCACAAAUUGGAGACUUCGGAAGAAGAGGAAUUGUUUAAAGUGACUUGUGCCAGACAAACUACGGAUCCACCAACACCCUCUGUGCCACGUGUCCCAUCCGAUCUUCCAGCAUUUCUUCAGACUCUUCUCAACAAUGCAGCAAUGCAACAACCAUCGGGAAGUCAAGUUGACGUUCCACAGAAUUUGAUAAAUCGACAUCGGAUGCCACCGAGUUUUGUGGAGGCGAGCAAGAUGAAGGUAUGCGAAAACUGCGGAGCAAACAUCCACCGAAAUGCUCCAACGUGUCCUGUGUGCAAAAUGAAGACACGGAGCAAGAAUCCAAAGAAGAAGUCGAGAAGAGUGUAUUCCGGCGGUGUAACAGGGUCAAUGUUUUAACAAAGAAGAGAACAGUUCAAAAAAAAUUCCCAUCAAUAAAUGUGUCUUGGAAUG